AUUUGGAAAGGGUGGAUAAUUGUAAAUAACGAUGACAAAUAAAGGAGCUUCAGAAACCUUUUCAAAAUGGUUAAUGAGGAGUUUUGUUCUGAUGUGGGUAGCCCUUACACUGCUGACUGUUGCUCUUUUAUUACCGUACUGGGCAACUGGAAGUGUAGCUGAGGGUAAUAGAACAAAAACCGUCAGAAUCGGGCUCUGGAAUUACUGCGAAAAUUACUACGACGAAGGAUCCCCAACCCAAUGUAAGAGAGUACUUGACUACCCGUUACUCACUGAGGAACAAAAAGGUUUGCUGUGGAGCAUUUAUGCUUUGAUGCUACUUGUGCUAUUUUCUCUCACUCUUGCCAUUUUUACUCUUGGUCUCAAAAUGUUCCUUUUGAAAAGUAAAGUCAUUUUGUUGCCAGUCAGCAUUCUACUCAAUAGUAUUACAGUAACGGCCCUCCAAGUUGUUAUACUUCUUAUCCGUGUAAAUCUGGACCAGAUUGGGAGGGAUUUACCAGGAGCCUCUUUGCACUUUUCCUUUGUAUUAUCUUCAAUUGCAGAAUUUGUCUGCUUUGUGGCAGAUGUAAUGAUGGGAAUAGAAAAGUUAUUCCACCGAUAA